UCUCUCACUCACAUUCAUCCCUCUUCACUGUUUUACCUUCAUUUUAUACCUCUGGUAAAUUUUGCUCUCUCUCUCUCUCUCUCUCAUGGCUUCUCAACAAGAACCUCUCAAAUAUCAGACAUGGAUCUUGAGAGUUCCUAUGCACUGUGAAGGUUGCAAGAGGAAGGUCAAAAAAGUUUUACAAAGAACUGAUGGUGUUUACACCACAGCUAUUGACUCACAGCAAAACAAAGUAACUGUCAUUGGAAACGUCGGCAUUCAGACCCUCGUCAAGAAGUUGGCCAGGAAAGCAGGCAAGCAAGCACAGGAAUGGCCGGAAAAGCUCACCGGAAAAGAUAACAAGGCGGAGAAAUGCAAGAACAAGGAGAAACAGAAAGUCCCAAACCAACAAAGUGUAGAGAAAGUUGAAGUCCACAAGCUUACCACGGCUCAAAACAGAGCAACUAAUACUACUGAAAUCGACCCAACUAAGUUUCCCGGCGAAACUUCACAGAAUAAGGCCACCGGCGGCGGCGGGUCUCCGGCCGUGGAGGUUCGGAUCGGUGAAAGUGAGAUGAGUGUGAGUAGCAAAAAGAAUAAGGGGAAGGGGCCAAAAGAUGAUGAGAGUGGUUCAGCAGGCUCUGGUGCACCAGCAUGCAUAGGAUCUCAACCAGUAGAUCCAGUUGAUCUCUUCCGUACACGCCAGAUGGCAUAUGUGUACCCGCUGGCUCCUUGUCAUUCUUAUGUUCCAUCGUCACCGUACACGUGUGCACCAACUGGUCAUCAAGAAGAUGACUGGGUGAAGGCAACAGAGCUGGAGAGUUUGCAGGUUUUCAGUGAUGAAAACCCUAAUGCAUGUUUUAUCAUGUGAGGUUAGAGUUGCCAAAAAUCAAGAUCUAACUGCUAAAACAUUCCACAUAGUAGAAUUUUCAAUUGUAGUGAGGAGGAAAUAAGAGAAAAUAUUAGAGUGGAGAAAAAGUAGGGGACGUUCGGAAUUCCAUUAACAUGACUAAUGUUGUUUGUGAACAAAGAAUCAUUUAUGCUUAAUUGUUUAGACAUGCUUCUGU